UUACCACUACCAGCACGUUUUUAGUGCGAGCGAAUGAUUAUGUUGGGUAGUGUUGAUUACACUUUUCAGACAUGCACAAGGUGAUUUUGUCCCGUCUGCUUAGUGCACUGGUAGUGGUAUACUUGUAGCGGUGCGGCGGCGGUAUGGCAUUGCAGAAAAUACAAACCGGAGAAAGAAAGCCUGGAAUCCAAGGCUGCGCCGCUUCUUGUGCUACCGGACAGAAAGCAGCUUCAAUGGAGCGCUUGGUCCGUUUGCGUUCUUUGGAAAUUCUACUGCUAGUGCUCGUCGCUGCUACACCGAUCCUGUACUCGCGUGCACAGGCCGCUGCCGAAGACGCAAGCAAGUGGAGUUGUGACGACGAAAGUCUGAACAAGCUUGCACUGCAAAGUCUCCACGAGAAAUUGGACGACGAUCAUGAUGGAGAAGUUGAGCUGAAUGAGACAUCAGAGUUCGUCCUGCACGAGUUUUCCGGGACUCCUCAUAAUGGUCGCUACAAGAAAUUUCACGCAAAUGAUUCCAACAUCGACCUGGCUGAAAUGACAACACGCUGGACAGAUGUAAACCCAGCUUAUAAUUGGAGCACCGCAGAGGUGGUCUACUGGCUGGAGGAGGCUGUGCGGCUACCAGCCUACUCGGCCACCUUUGUGCAGUACAAAAUUGUAGGGAAAUGUCUGCCAAGAAUUGCUCUCAACAAAGAGAAGUUCUUGCAGGAAGUGUUGGGGGUCUUCAAUCGUGAAGAACGCAGCAGGCUGAAGCUGAAAGCGAUGGAGGUGGUCCUCUUUGGUCCAAUAUUCCCGUCACAUUUCUGGUACCAUGUUGGCUUGGCGUUGACCUCAAUCAUGGCCAUUGUGCUGGGGUUCUAUGUGCUACUCGCACGUAAGAGAAACAAUGAAAUGGCGCGCAUGCUGGAAGAAACGCGAAUUCACCUGCAGGAGGCCCAGACCAUCAAGGACGCGCUGUCAAAUAAUCAGCGUGAAGAGCCAUCUGCAGUGCUGGAUGAAGUUUCCAUGACGACGACCAAUUCGGCCGAAUCCACCGCACCGUCCAUUGCUUCAAGCUUAGAUGCCGAUUCAUCUCAGGAUGACAUCAGCCUGCACACGGAAAAUUUUGAGAGCCAGAUAGCUGGGCUCAAGCAGCACAUCGUGUUCCUGAAACGGCAACUGGAAAGCCAGCCAGGUAGUGGGCCGACUAUUCCCAUGGACCUUCUCAAGCUACUCUGCCAGACGUACGAACGUGAGACAGGAUACUUUGAUGCAUCAAAGGUCUCAGCCGAGAAACGCUUGCAGGAAAGCGAGGAGGCUUAUACCAAGUUUGUGAAGAAGGUCAAGAACUCCAUCCUACCUGGCAGCAUGAGAGUGAGUGGUGGUCGCAGCUUGGUGGAACUUGACCAGUGCAUAAACGAUGCAAGGUCAAAGUUAUCGGCUGUGGUUGCUGACCGGCAAGAGCGACGAUCACGCUGGACUCAGAUUGAGAAAAUCUGCCACUUCAAGGUGACCGAGCCGCAGGCGUUAAGGAAACUCUCUCAGGCAAAGCCAGCUGUACCUGUUGUAAGUAGAGCGGCGGGAGAACACCGAUUGAGUCGGAAAGGCCCAAAGGCGUCCACCUUUAGUGGAUCUGCAACACCAACAGAGUGGGAAGUAACUCCGGGGUGUGUGCAACGCUCCAUUUCAUCCCAAGAUCCUCAUCGACUGACAAAGCAACCAAGCACAGCCACAUUUCAUACUGCAUCUUCCCAUACACGGAGUCUAAGUCCGAGUAGCCACACUACCUCACUUGCAGCAAUCCCCAUGCCAUUGCCAACAUCAGCAUCAGCCCAUUCCCUCCAACGAAUGCCUGAGGUGGAUGAAUCAGACCAGUCACCGUCUCCUCAGCGACGCAGAAAGGAUCAAAGCGGAGGCGAUGAGGCCGGCCGGCGUCGUAGAAGUGACGAGGUGACGGUCCGCAGGCACGUCACCAAGUCUUCAUCUGCUACCUCAGCCAGCUUCACGGCGCCGUUGACGAAAUCAAGUCGGCAAAAGAGUGACCCUGGAAGCGGCAAGAGCACUCCAGUCAAGCUCCCUGCCACGGCUGGUGGUAGUAACCACAUCAUAGAAGAUGCAAGUGCUCCGGAGAGCGAAGUUUGAGGCUGCCUUGGAUUUCAUUGCAAGAAAAAUAGCUCUAUAUAAUGGACCAUAUGCUGCUGGCCAAUAAGGUGUGCCUUUCGUAGCUUCUUACAUCGCACAUCGUAUAGCUUAUGUAUGGUUGUAUUGUAGUAGUUUCCAGCGCGAUCUGUUGAUUUUGUUAAUUUUUUUAAAUACUGUUAUACUUCGAAGGAUGUAAAUUUGGAGCUCUGAGCAGUGAGGCCUAGACUGAUACUGAACUCUGCGUAAACGUUAUGCUUAGCAGAGAAUGAAGACUAUCAUGAUGUGGAAACUUUCUGCAUUAGAGUAUGGAAUGACAAUUGCUACCUGACUAAAUCUCUUCCAUACCCUCUUGAUGAAGAUUAUCGCGCCAUUACUAUGCCAUUUCUCACAAAUCUUCUUCAGUUUGUCUAUGACAAUUAUUCUCAAGAGAAAAGACGGCAAUGCUUAUCCAGUAUGCCGGCUUACUCGUCCUGAUCACUUCAACACAUACAUGUAGCGGUAUGUGCCCUUGUAAACUUUCUCAUUUUCUGUCGAGACUGAACUGGAUUGUUUUAUAGCAUGAAUCAAUGUGAAUACUGUAUCUCACUGACACAAACUUUUCUAUUUAUUCCCAGUUAAAGGCAAGCUUGUGCAAAUGUG